CUUACAUUCGAACGGCAACGGACGUGUUAGCGGAAUUUUUGAAAACGACUUUCUAACGUGCAUUAAAAACGAGAAAUAGUAAAAUAUCGCACAUUUCUUAUGCGGAAUAUUAAUAGCUAGCAAAGCCGAAAAACAAAUAAAAACACAAAAUUUUGCUUUUGAGGAAAUGGCAAAACGGAAGCUACAUUGUGCAUAAACAAGUGAAACUAAGCUCAAAUUCUAUAAACAUUACAAAAAUAACACCCAAUUAAAGUGAGUGCAACAUUUGCUGACAAUGAGUAAACAAAACAUUUACGUUUUACUGCCAAUUUGCGUGGCUUUGUGCACAUUUGUGCUGGAGGCAGAGGCUUAUGGAUUUGGACGUUGCCCCAAGUAUCCAUCGAUGCCAAAGUUUAACAUGAGCCGGGUGCUUGGACAUUGGUAUGAAGUGGAGCGUUCUUUCUAUUUGCCCGAAAUUGCCUCCGGCUGUACGACUUUUGCUUUUCAGCCGUAUAAUAAAGCGGAUUUAUCCAAGUUUAAUAACUUUAAGCUAGAGGUGGCUAUAAAGACUGUGAAUCGCAUCACUGGCAAUCCAAAUGUGAAUUUAGGCUAUGCAACGCCAGAGAACAGCAAAUCCUCCAUAAUGGACUUUAAGUUUAAUACGCGCUUUCCGGAAGUGAUUGCACGUCUGUUGCCCGGAUCCGGCAAGUAUCAAGUGCUAUAUACAGACUAUGAUAACUUUGCCAUAUUGUGGUCUUGCGGCAGCAUUGGCUCUUUGGGUUACGCCGAUCAGAUUUGGGUGCUAGGACGUGAAACGGAUUUUGUUGUGGAAAUACGCGAGAAAAUUUAUGAUGUGCUCAAGCGUUUGUCGCUUGAUCCGGAGAGACUGGUGCUCAGCAUGAAUACCAACUGCCCAGAACAGCACUGAAUAACAGUUCACUAACUAUAUAGUCUAUAUAUUUAUAUAAAGCACACACUUACACACACAUAUACAUGCAUCACACACAUACACACAUGGUAAGCAGUUAUUGUUUACUUUUAGGCUUAGUUAUAUGUUUAGGUUGCUGUGAUAAUGCGAAGAAGAGCUUUGUUUUUAGUUCAUAUAUAUGGCUUUAUAUAUAAAAAUAUAUAUAUUCGAUUGGCCUGCACAUAAGCAAAUAUAAAUAU